AUGCCUCCUGAACUUCCACUGGAGAUCCAGCAAACAAUUUUAGCGCUUGCCACGCGUGACAGACACACUGCCGCAGAAAACCUGAGAGUGUCAACGCGGACAUAUCCAUGGAUGGAAAGAUUAAUGUAUAAAAAGAUAGUUCUGGAUGAUGAACAUACAGUCAAGAAAUUUCUGGAUUGUCUCCGCCUGCGUCCCAUGCACGUUCAAUUCGCCCAACAACACAUCAGAUCUUUAUUUCUAGUCGGUUCGAUACAAAAAUCGACUUUGAUCAAACUCCUUUCGCUCUGCAAUCGUGUCACUUGCCUUGGUCUAGCGCUUUCGACAACAGAAUUCGCUACAGAUGGAUCACCUCUGUGGCUUGCCCUCGAUGCCCUCCCACUCAAGUCGCUAGUGCUCGACAUGGAAAUAGACUCCACAUCAUCAACGAGCACGAUAAACGUGUUCAAAAACCUGACCCAUCUCGACAUCUGCAACGAUCGCAUGCUCGACAAACCAAAUGCAGGAUUAGAGGCUCUUAGUGCGCUGACGCACCUCUGUACGGUGCUCAUAUUAGGCAAAUCCGAUCCAGUUGCGGUGAUUCGUCUCAUUGGUAACGCACGCCUACAAAUACUGGCUUUUCGCGUGCGAGAUCCGCACAAUAGGGUAGAGAGGUUCAUGCGCAAACAUGAAAUCCUCGAUCGUCGGAUCGUUCUAUUGCCCAUCGAUCUGACAUACUGGGCUCAGCUAGGUCAGGGUGACAUGUUGGUUUGGGAAUUGGCGGAGGAACAGGUGAAGCUUUCUAUACCUGAGAAUAAACGGCAUCGUUGCUUGUCACGGACAAGCAUCGAGAACGCAUACGCCAAGUACGAUGACGAUGACGGUGACCAGAACCCUGAAUAUGAUUGCACUGUAACCAUGGCUCGGACAAAGGGCCCGCACAAUGAUAUGCAUCUUCGUUAA